AUGGAAUAUUCAUGCAUUGGAUUAAAUGAUUUACCUGAUGAAAUCCUUAUGAUUAUUUUCAAAAAACUCAACAAUUUUGAUAUACUUUAUUCUUUCCAAGGUGUCAAUCAACGAUUAAAUAAAAUUAUUCAAGAUCCAAUUUUUACAAGUCAUUUGAAUUUUGUUAAAUGGUUAUCACAUAAUUUUAUCGAUCUAAUUUGUUGUGAUAUGAUACUUAAUCGAUUUUGUUUACAAAUUUUACCUUCGAUUCAUCAUAAAAUUCAAUGGCUUGAUCUUGAAUCAUCAUCUAUGAAAUAUGUUUUAAAAGCUGUCGAUUAUCCUAAUUUACAUACUCUUGGUCUAUAUAAUAUUAAUGAAGAGUCAGCUCGAUGUCUUUUUACUGACAAAAAUCUUUCAUCUGGUAUUUUCAAAGAUCAGAUUACAACACUUUUUGUUACAAUUGAUCAUAAUAACGAGACAGAAUUAACAAUCAUAAUCAUAUGCAAUUACAUCUUGACUGUCUUCACCAGUCUAAUUUGUUUAACAUUAUAUGAAUCAUCGUAUAAACAUCGUGUUCUAUUAUGGUUUGAUGAUCCACCUCUUCCUACUUUUCGUUCUUCAACUCUUUUGAAAUUGAAUAUUAGUGUACAAUGUAUUGAAGAUUGUCUUUAUCUUCUUGAUGGUCAUUUUAAUCAACUUCAUACACUCUAUAUUGAUAUAAUAGAUAUUUAUCAUCAAGAUGAAAUUCAAAAUCAAGGUGAUUUACCAAAUCUAAAGUGUUUUUCUCUGUCAUGUGAGAGUAAAACACUUGCUUAUAAUACAACAAUCCUUCCACUUCUCAAUCGAAUGUCAAAUCUAGAGGAACUCAGUUUAUAUCUUGCAGUCUAUGUUAAUGAGACAUUUAUUGAUGGAAACCAUUUGAAGAAAAACAUUAUUAAUCGUAUGCCAAGAUUAAAUCAAUUUAGAUUUUAUAUUCGCUCAAUCAAGUUUAUUCGUAAUCAAAUAUAUUGUCCAUCAACAGAAGAUAUUCAACAGACAUUCAUUGACUUUCGAAAUAAUCAAAUUAUUUCUUAUGUUGAUUAUUUGCCAGAGGCACGACAAGGUCGAUGUCAUAUUUAUUCAUAUCCAUCUUUUAUGCCAUAUUACGGUGAUAUUACAAAUCAUUUCCCAGGCGGAUUAUUUGAAUAUGUUCGUGCAGUGUCAUUAUGUGAUGACUCCUUUUGA